AUGGAAUACUCGAAUUUUAGUACGGCAAAUAUUAACAGGCCUAGAAUUAUGUUUAUGCGCCGGAGUAAAUUUAAACAUGUCUUCGGGAAACCGUGCAAGAAAGAAUGCUGUUACGAAGACAUCCGAAUAACGAAAAGUAGUUGGGAUGCCCGUUUUUGUGCUGUAAACCCCAAGUACCUUGCGAUUAUUACCGAAGCUGCGGGGGGCGGAUCAUUUCUUGUUUUACCUAUUGAAAAGGUGGGUCGGGUAGAACGUGAUGCUCCUCUCGUUGCUGGACAUACGGGAAGUGUAUUAGAUAUACAAUGGUGCCCACACAAUGAUGAUCUUAUUGCCAGUGGUUCAGAGGACUGUACUGUGAAAGUUUGGCAAAUCCCAGAAGGUGGAUUGUUACCCAAAACAAAUCUGACCACACCAGUGGCAGAUUUGGUAUGUCAUCAGCGCCGCGUUGGGUUGGUUGUAUGGCACCCAACAGCCGAACAUGUAUUAUUAUCUGCAGGUGCUGACAAUAAGGUAUAUAUAUGGAAUGUUUCUACAGAAGAGCCAUUGGUUGAAAUAAAAUUCCCAGAUAUUGUUUUAUCUGCUUGUUUCAAUUAUAAUGGUUCUCGUUUGGUUACAACUUGUAAAGAUCGGCGUACAAGAGUGGUUAACCCACGUACUGGAAAAGUCAUUGUUGAAGGUAUUUGUCAUCAAGGCACCAAACCACAAGAAGCUAUUUACAUUAAAGACGAUCGAAUUUUUACUACUGGUUUUUCACCAAUGAGCGAACGCCAAUAUGCAUUAUGGAAUAAAGACGACUUUAACGAACCUUUACACAUUCAAGAACUGGAUACAAGUAAUGGUGUAAUGUUUCCUUUCUAUGAUUCAGAUACCAAUUUGAUAUAUCUUUGUGGAAAAGGUGAUAGUACAAUCAGAUAUUUCGAGAUUACCGAUGAACAACCAUAUGUACAUUAUAUCAAUAUGCUUACUAGUUCGGAUCCACAACGAGGAAUGGGUUGGAUGCCAAAACGAGGAUUAGAUGUAAAUCAAAAUGAAAUUGCUAGAUUUUAUAAAUUACAUGCGAAAGGUUUAUGUGAAGUUAUCCCGUUCACUGUACCUCGGAAAUCAGAACUAUUUCAAGAUGAUCUUUAUCCAGAUACAAUUGGUGAUAUGCCUUCACUAACAGCUGAUGAAUGGAUGUCCGGUAAAGAUGCAGAUCCUAUUUUAAUAUCUCUAAAGGAGGGUUAUGUUCCAAAGUCGAAACCGAAAAAACGUAUUGGGAAGGUAAUCGCAUCCACUCCAGCAGCAGAUAAAGAAGAACAAGAUUCAAAUUUGACAGUUCCACAAAACAAAUUAACAUCGCAUCAAAAUCAACAACCUGGCUCUAAAUCACCAAAUCCUGAAAAUCCUUCCAAAACUGAUCACUUAGAUGCAAAUCGACAGCGAUUGACUAAGAGUACUCCACCUAACGAUAUUCCAUCUUCUGAACCAGUGAAUGGUAUUUCAACCGGUGCUUGUCAUGUAAAUCAUACUGGUAUUCAUCAUCUCAUGGAAGAUAUUCGCAAAAUGAAGAUAAUUAUUAAAGGUCAUGAAAGACGUAUACAAAAUCUAGAGGAACGUCUAGACUUGACCGAUAGUGGUGGUGAUUGUGUAUCUUCCAUGUCUGUUAGCUCAAUUAAAUAA